AUGUCAUUCAGGAAAAGAGGUGACGUCUUAGGUGGUCCUCAACGAGGACUAGGAGUCAAUAGAGGUAUUUCGAGUCCAGAUGCUAGAGCUAUGCGUGGAUUACCUCAGGGAAGAGGACUGCCUCCUAACGGUGAAAUGCACUUGGGGGAACGCGCGCACCCGAUCAAACACGUGAGCGCAGGUAUGCGUCGGCUAGCAGUUAACGAGUCCGUUGUACCCCCUUCCUCUUUGGAUCAAUCACAUCCUGGCAUCAGACCUUCUCCCGUCAGCUCUCAACCAACUACAUCUACUGGAUGUCACGAUUUAGACAAACUAUUGGGCCACAUGGGACUACCUCUUGGUGAGUCUCUGCUGAUAGAGGAACAGGGUACUACAGAAUUCAGCUCGGUUUUAGCCAAGUCAUUUGCGUCGCAGGGUAUUGUUCAUAAUAGGACAGAGAAAUCCAGUGCGUUAACUAACGGUAAUACACAUCUUAUUGUAGUCACUUUAAAUCAACUUUUUGGGCAAGAGCUUCCGGGCGUCUACAAGGGCUCUCGAAAAGAUAUCAAAAAGUCGAAAAUAUCAGAAACAGAGUCCAAAGUCACUGUGCAGAAUAUGUUGGAAAGCACACACUCAGAGCCUAGUGCUCGCCAGGACUUGAAAAUAGCUUGGAGGUAUGGCUUGAACGAUGACAAAAAAAACACGAAGCAUAAAGAAUCUGAAAACGACGCCUACCCGGAUUAUUGUCACUCUUUUGACAUCACGUCUCGACUUAUGCCCGCGCCAAACUCGGCAGAAAUAUCCUAUAUUUCAUCAAUCCAACCUGUCAGGUCCAUCCUUUCGCAGUUGGAAUCUACCAUCAAUAAGUUCGAUCGAAAGUUGAUUCGUAUCGUCAUUCCGAAUUUUCUCCAUCCGGCGAUGUAUCCACCGAAAUCCACACAGCUUACAGAGCUGAUACCACUUUUGCAUGGCAUUCGGUCGGUAGUCAAGAAGUACAAAGAGAGGACGGUCCUUCUCUGCACAAUGUCGUCUGAUCUUUUUUCAAGUGGUCUUGUAUUGCCUUCGAUUGAGAUUUUCUUUGACUCCAUCAUAAAUUUAGAACCCUUUCAACAAGAAAUGUUAGAAUUUUUAGAGAGGGCAUAUAAAUCGCAGCCUAAUAAGGUGCAGCAUGGUCUACUGCACGUCUUAAAGCUACCAAUUUUAAGUGAGAGAGGUGAAAUGCAUGUAAUGAAAUCAGAGUGGGCUUUCAAGAACGGAAAGAAGAAAUUUGAGAUCGAACCUUGGGGAAUCCCCGUUGAAGAUACAGAUCCGGAUGAUAGUAAGCACUCUAGUCAUAAUUUAGAUUCUCAAGGAGCUCUGAAUUCUAGUGGGCUUGACUUCUAA